UUAUUACCUUUUACAACAUGCUAACAGCUCAAACACAGGUACCUGAUCGAUGGUCGUGAAGAGACGCUCUGCCUCGGCUGAAACUCUUCCUUAAAUACUGAAAACAAAAUGCUUCCCUCGGAGGAGAAAAGAAGGUGUUAAGGUACAAAACGCUAACCAGGCUGAUGACGUUUGCUGUGGGCUCGGUGGGGCUUCUGUCGGCCUUCCUGCUGGUGUUCACGCCUGUGUCGGCUGGGGCCUGUUCACCUGGGGAGUUUACCUGCUCUCAGGGAUUCUGUGAGUGUGACUUCACAGACAACUGUGGAGACGGCAGCGACGAGAAGGACUGUUCAGGAUAUAAGAGAUGUGACUUUGAGGAGGGAUUCUGUGACCUGAUCCAGAGCUCAGAGAAUGGACCAGGAUGGACCAGAACCACUGAGGUGCAGGGACUCCAACAUGACCACACCAACAACACAUCGGCACAUUUCUUGUCUCUUGUACCUGCCAGAGGAAACAGAACCACAGCAGACCUGAUCAGUCCUGUCUUCCUGCCCAGUCAGACUUGUCAGCUGAGUUUCUACUAUUAUGUAGAAGCACAAAACGCAGAUCUUCAGGUCCUGGUUCAGACUCAAACUCCGGGUCAGAGCACAGAGGUGUGGAAAGUCUCCUCAGGCCAUAAGUUGGAAACAUGGCUGCAGGCAGUGACAAAGUUUUCCAGCAAUCACCUUUUUCAGGUGGUAAUCCGAGGGCAACUUCCCGCAGACAGCGAAGCCUCCGGGGUCCUGGCCGUCGAUGACCUAUCCUUCAGUCUGGGCUGCCUGACUCUGCCUGAGAGCAGCGUACCCCCUCCUCCCGUUUGUCCUCCACCGUGGUUUGCUUGUGGUGGCGGGCAGUGUAUCGAGGAGAGCAAAGUGUGUGACUUCACCCCUCACUGUCCCCAUGGAGAGGACGAGGACAGCUGCCCCUCCAAGUGCGACUUCGAGGGCGGUUCCUGCGGCUGGUACGAGCUGACCCCCGGUGAUGGCUUUGACUGGGUCAGGGGCUCCUCUGCAGAGGUUCCUCCAGACUACUACAGCCGCCCACCACCGCUGGACCACUCUGACAACAGCACAGAGGGGCACUUCAUGUUUAUAAUGAAGAACAGCAGCAGUCUCUAUCCGAGGGCAGUUCUUCGAGGACCCUGGUUCAAAGAGUCGGCCUCUGGGUGCACCAUGACCUUCUGGCAUUAUAACUCCGGCACAUCCGUCGGAGCUGCAGACAUGUACCUCCGCAUCGAUGGAGCCCCAAACAACACUGUCAUAUGGAGAACUCUGUACGACCAGGGACCCCGUUGGCACCAGGUCACCGUGCAGCUGGGACGCAUCAUCUGGCCCUUCCAGAUCGCUCUGGCUAAGAUCAGCCUGGCCGUGUUCGACGGCUUCUCCGCCUUGGAUGACGUCACCUUCAACAACUGCUCCAUGCCUCCAGCUGUGGCAGAGUGCCCGGCGCACACACACUUCCACUGCACACAGAGCAAGGCGUGUGUGGAGCAGCUGCAGCUCUGUGACCUUGAAGAUAACUGCGGGGACGGAUCUGAUGAGGAGGGGUGCUCUCCAGAACUGCAGUGCAGCUUUGAGCACGGUCUGUGCAGCUGGAAACAAGAACAGAGCGGAGGAGACGUGUUCGACUGGACCCACAUCCAAGGCCCGACGCCGUCCAUCAACACGGGGCCCUGGAGGGACCACACGCUCGGCACCAGGUACGGCCACUACCUGUACAUCGAGUCCUCGGCCCCCCAGGAGUUCAAGGAUACGGCGGUGCUGCUGAGCAGAGUCUUCCAGCCCACCAACCAGCACGCCGAGGGCCAGUCCGGGUCCCGCCAACACUGCGUCUUCCGCUUCCACUACCACAUGUUCGGCUCGCAGGUUUUCUGCCUGGCUGUUUACCUCAGGACCACCGCCACAGGGCGGGGCCACAUGCUGUGGGUACGAUAUGGAGACCAAGGAAACCUGUGGCACCGGAAGACUCUCUACCUCAACAGCGGUCGCCCAUUUCAGAUUGUGAUUGAAGGUACAGUAGGCGAUGAUUUUAAUGGAGACAUCGCCAUUGAUGACCUCUCCUUCCUGAACUGUGUCCCAUACGAAGGAGAGCUCCCCAAACCAAACACAACGACCCCCACAGUGACCCCUCCGGCCUCCACAGUCCUGCCCCACAGCUGCCCUGAUGGAGAGUUUGUGUGUGGGGCACACGGGGAGUGUGUGUCUAACAGCAACGUGUGUGACUUCAGACAGGAUUGUUCUGAUGGCUCGGACGAAUUCAACUGUGUGAAGGAGCGGUGUGAUUUUGAAGGUGGUGACACUUGUGGUUGGAAAAGCAACGACACCACAUUUCACUGGUCACCGGAACAAGGGGAGAGCAUUCAUGAUGGAGAGCAAUACCAUCGUCCUAUUAACGACCACACCCUAGGCAGUCCAGAGGGUUGGUAUAUGUGCGCCGACAGCUCAAACGGCAAAUACGGUCAAACCACCGACCUCCAGACACCCUUCAUCUCCUCCACUGGGCCACAGUGCACCCUGGUCUUCUGGUACCACAUGAGCGGCUUCACAGUGGGAUCACUGCAGGUUCUGCUGAAGAAUGGGAACGUCACUCAGGAGGUUUGGUCUCAGACUGGUAACCAAGGCAACAAAUGGAGACGAGGAGAAGUGUUUUUGGGGUUGUCGAACACCUUUCAGGUGGUGUUCAGGGUGAAGCGAGGGAUCAGCUACAUGGGUGACGUGGUGAUAGACGAUGUCAGCUUCCUGCGCUGCUCCCCUCCUCUUCCUCUGGAGGAGCCGUGCACACCUGAGCAGUACGCCUGCGCCAACGGCCAGUGCAUCCCUGAGGACAACCUGUGUGACUUCAUCAACCACUGCGGGGACCAAUCGGACGAGGACCCCUACAUCUGCAAGGGCUUUGGCUUGCGCUGCAGUUUCGAGUUCGACCUCUGUUCCUGGCGUCAGUUGCGGGAGGACGACUUUGAUUGGCUGAUAAAAGCGGGCAGCACUCCAACAGUUGGCGCUGGGCCUUCGAGUGACCACACCCUGGGAGACCCCUCUGGUCACUACCUUUACCUGGAGAGCUCCUUCCCCCAGGCAGCCGGGGACACCGCCCGCAUAUCAGGACCGUUACUGAGCCGCAAUAGCAAAGACUGCAAGAUGCGUUUCUACCUCCACAUGUCCGGAGAUGGCAUCGGGACCCUCGGCGUGUUCAGGAAGAGCGAAGGACGCCUUCAGCUCCUGCUGAACCUGACGGGAGAUCAGGGAAACUACUGGCAGAGGAGGGAGAUUCAGCUAAGCCACACCGGAGACUUUCAGGUGGUCUUCGAGGGAAAGGUGGGCCGCAGCCAAAAGGGUGAUAUCUGCUUGGACGACAUCAUGUUCACUCCAGGGUGUCUGCUCGCCUACUCAGUUGAAACAGAGGACAACACUCCUCCACCUCCCCCAGGCAUUUGUCCUUCAGACCUCCUGCCGUGUGAAAAUGGCCGGUAUUUCCACCCAGGGCGGAGCUGUGACUUCACAGACGAUUGUGGCGACGGCACCGAUGAAAAGGAUUGUGGGACUUCCUGCAGCUUUGAGAGCGGUCGCUGUGGCUGGAAGAGCUCCCCGGCCGAUAAUUUCAAUUGGACGCUGGGCACGGGGUCUGUCAGAAGCAUGCGGCCUCCGCACGACCACACACUGAUGGAUGAAAAUGGUCAUUUCAUCUACCUGGAAGCUACACCUGUGGGACUAAAAGGAGAUAAAGCUCAUAUCAGAAGCUCUGUUUGGAAAGAGUCGAGCGCCAUCUGCAAGCUUUCCUUCUGGUACUACAUUUCCCACAAGGCCUCUGGAACAAUCCGCCUGCUGAUCAAGACGGAGAACGAUCUGUGGGAGGUGUGGAACAAAACGGGGAAUCACGGGAACAAGUGGAACCGAGCAGAGAUCCCUCUGAGGAAGCUGAGGAACUUUGAGGUGAUUAUCGAGGGGAUUCGCUCGAUGGAUGUGAGUGGAGGAGCUGCACUGGAUGACCUGGAGUUCAUUGACUGUGCCCCAAAUGCUGUGGAUUCAGUCAGCUGCCCUGCAGUCACAGACUUUGUGUGUCACAGCGGGCAGUGCAUCGAGUCCCACCUGGUGUGCGACCGCAGGGUCGACUGCGCUGAUGCGUCAGACGAGCGGGGCUGCGGUGAGGAGAGAAUCAGCUUUCCGGGCGCUUGUGAUUUCAACAUGGAUGACAGUCAGUAGGACACCUGCCAGCUCUCUCAGGACACGGAUGAUGACUUUGAUUGGAGGAUCGGUCGUCGGAGUGAGACCCCAGGAGCUGGACCUCCAGAUGACCACAGUCUAGAAGGAGUUUGGGGAAAGUUUCUGUACAUACAUUCAGCCACUGAGAGGGAGGGCGACGUCGCCAAGCUCACAACCACGAGCCCCUUCCCGGCGAGCAUCGGCCUGUGUCGCCUUCGCUUCUGGUUCUACAUGCACGGCUCCGACAGGAUGGGAACGCUCAAGAUCUACACUGUUGGACCCAGUGGAACCAGACUACUCAUGUGGGUAGCCACUGGAAACCAUCGUAGCCACUGGAAAUACGCUAAUGUCAUACUUUCCAACCCAGCACCUUUCAAAGUGACCUUCCAGGCGGAGGCGGGGGGUGACAUGUGGACAGACAUCGCCUUGGAUGACAUUUCCUACACUGCAGACUGUAUGGAAGGAGGACCCGUUACCCCCCGGCCUCUGACCUGCGCUGUGGACCAGUACCGCUGCUUGUACUCCUUUCAGUGCAUCCCUGAGAGCUGGAGGUGUGACGGAGAGCCGGACUGUGCUGACCGCUCCGAUGAAGAGUUCUGUCCCACCCUGAAGCCCGGUACUCUUCCUCCUCAGGAUCGCUGCCCUGUUGGAUAUUUCCAGUGUUUGAAUAAUACCUGCCUCCCUUCCAUCCUGCGCUGUGACGGCGUGCCGGACUGUCCCGACGGAGAGGACGAGUACAGCUGCUCUCUGCUGCAGUGUGAGCUGGGGGAACUGGUGUGUGAAGGUUCGUCUGGUUGUAUCCCUCUUCAGAAGCGUUGUGACCACUCUGCUGACUGUCUGCCGUUUCACUCCGAUGAGUCCAGCUGCCAUGAUUGUCCUCCCCUGUUUUGCCUGAAUCGUGGCUCAUGCCUGGUGAGGAAACACGGGCCUGUUUGCAUGUGUGAUCCAGGGUGGACUGGCAACCGUUGCCAUGUGAGGCAGAAACCAGGUCUCUCCACAGCGUCACCCGAACCAGAGGACACACAGCUGGUAGCUGUGUAUGUCGGCGUCGGCAUCGGACUGCUGCUGCUCGCCGCCGGAGUGGCCGUCUGUGUCCUGGCCUUAUACGCAAAAAAGAAACGCCAUAUCAUAAAGCACAAACUGAUGGACUACGGCGUGAUGGAUGACCUGGCCAACGGCUGCAGAGCAGAGCCUGUGAGGUCAUGCUGUUGUCCCAGAGUUGACCCCAGCAGGAGUGAUGGUCGUGGGCUUUCAAUCAGUGUCUACCCCUGGGGGAGGGAGGUGGAGCAGGCGUCGACCUGGAGAGAUGCCAAGCUGUCCUUCACCAACCCGUUGUACAAUUACCCCCCUGAUGCUAAUAGCGCUGACUGCAGAGGCUCUGAAGCAUAAAGACAAUGGACUUAACAUAUUGAUGCUGCAGUACAUCAGGGUCAAACAGCGUGUGCACACACUGGAUGGGUUUGUCUUGACCUGCUGGGGCGCUAAGUGAGAGGGAGACGAUGCAAAGAGCAGAGGAACGUUUAGGUAUUUGGAAAGGAGUUAAUUGAAUGUCUGAAAAGCUUCAUGCUGUGAUUGGAAAAAAUUAUUAUUAAUUUAUCAAAUAAAUAAUGUAUUACCUACAGA